GGGGGAAUAGAUCUCAGAGAAAACAGGCAAAUAAAAUACAUACCAGCACCUAGGUCUAGCACUGGAAAUGGAGUGUCUCCUGCCUUUCUCCAGGGACCUAUUACCUGUACCUGUCACUUGUCCCAGCAACUGCUGGGAGGCCCGCCUGACUUCUGACGAGUUGCCAUGGCAUCCUACUAUGAGAUCCUAGACGUGCCGCGAAGUGCGUCCGCUGAUGACAUCAAGAAGGCGUACCGGCGGAAGGCUCUACAAUGGCACCCGGACAAGAACCCGGAUAAUAAAGAGUUUGCUGAGAGGAAGUUCAAGGAGGUGGCCGAGGCAUAUGAAGUGCUGUCGGACAAGCAUAAGCGAGAGAUCUAUGACCGCUAUGGCCGGGAAGGGCUGACUGGAGCAGGAACUGGCCCAUCUCGGGCAGAAGCUGGCAGUGGCGGGCCUGGCUUCACCUUCACCUUCCGCAGCCCUGAGGAGGUCUUCCGGGAGUUCUUCGGGAGUGGAGACCCUUUUUCGGAGCUGUUUGAAGACCUAGGCCCCUUCUCAGAGCUUCAGAGCCGGGGUUCCCGACACACAGGCCCCUUCUUCUCCUUCUCUUCCUCCUUCCCUGGGCACUCUGAUUUCUCCUCCUCAUCUUUCUCCUUCAGUCCUGGGGCUGGUGCUUUUCGCUCUGUUUCUACAUCCACCACCUUUGUCCAAGGACGCCGCAUCACGACACGCAGGAUCAUGGAGAAUGGGCAGGAACGGGUGGAAGUGGAGGAGGACGGGCAGCUGAAGUCAGUCACAAUCAAUGGCAUCCCAGACGACCUGGCACUGGGCUUGGAGCUGAGCCGUCGCGAGCAGCAACAGUCUGUCACCUCCAGAUCUGGGGGCAUGCAGGUGCAGCAGACCCCUGCCUCACGCCCCACUGACAGCGACCUCUCUGAGGAUGAUGAGGACCUGCAACUUGCCAUGGCCUACAGCCUGUCAGAGAUGGAGGCAGCUGGGAAGAAACCGGCAGGUGGGCGGGAGGCACAGAGAAGACGGCAGGGGCAUCUCAAGGCCCAGUACCAAGAUCUGGGCAUGGGGGGGACCCCUGAGAGUGCAAGGGGAGAUGCAGCCCAAGCUGGUCCACCCCUGGAGGAUAAGGCCUCUCGGUGCCUCAUCCUCUGAUCCUCAGGCUCAACCCACCCCAAUUCAGGGUGACCUGGGGUCCUGCUCACUGUCCGAACAGAGAAGGGUGUGGCCCCUCCAACUCCAUGCUCCCCUACAGGUUUCCC